AUCCACACUCUAUUUUUCCGGGUGCGUCUAUAAAUACAUCAUAGCGCGGAUCCAGUUGGGUCGCGAGACGGCCUUUGCCUGCGGUAGGGGAAGCCGACGGAGGUUAUGCCCGAAGGCUAGGAGAGACUAGCUGCAUUUUGUACGAUGGACCUGAAGAACUGUCUUGACCAUAAGAAAUGAGUCCAUGACAUGUUGACAUUGGGCUUUCAUCCUGUGGGCUGAUGUGCUGAUACCUUGGAUUUAGCUUUGGUCCAUGGCUGCAAUCGUGUAGUGCAAAGCUUUUUCUUGAGAAAUGGAGAAAGCACUUCUUUCAUUGGUUUGCCUCCGCUGCCGAUUUCUAUUAUCCCAGAAAAAUCACGAUCGGCAUCUUUCAGCUUUUGGAGACUUCAGUCUUGUCCCUUUUGUCAACUAUACUUAGUUUGCAGUUGCUGUUUCAUGUCCACGAAGGACAGUCGAAUGCAGCUUUGCUUUGAAGUCGGUGUUGGAUCUAUGUCACACUUUUACAAUGAAAUUCCAACACAGCUUCUCUUUGGGGUUAAAAUUCUAGUGCUAGACAUCAAAGAAUUAAUCUGUGGGGGUUAAGUAUCUUCCGUCUGCAAGGCUCAUUUUCUCCUAGUUAGUUGGAGAGAACUGUUUUCUCUAAAUCCAUUCAGAUCGGUAUAUAUUCGAUGCGUUACUUUGGAAUCUUUGGACAAUGGAAUGUGCUCUAUAGCUCCUGAGAUUGAGAAUCGCUUGAAUUUCUAGCGGUUGUGCAGGCAGUAAAUAUCUUGUGUUUGAUCAGGCUGACUUAUCUCUAAUUGUACCUCUGUUAAUUUGGAAAAUAAUUUGAGCUUCAGUCCAGAUGGUAUUACAAGAUCUGGAUUUAUAUAGAGCCGUCAGAUUCCAGUGCUUCAGUUCGAUUGGUUGCAAAAUAUGCUUUUGCAGGCUCAGGAGAUAGACUCCUCAGGGGCAUAUUGCUGGUAGCAAUAUUGAUUCCUGAAGCUUGUCCAAAAUUUUCCUACAAUAAGCAGAAGUUCCUUUUGUUAAUCACAAAGAGAUUUUCAGAUUCUUCAAAUCUCUAUGUAGGAAGUAUUUUGCUUUAUAAGAAUAAGGUGUACAUCGGAGUUGCGGAAUAAGGAUGGACAGAUACAAGGUAAUUAAGGAAGUUGGAGAUGGAACUUUUGGGAGUGUUUGGCGUGCUAUAAAUAAACAAACUGGCGAAGUGGUUGCUAUUAAGAAAAUGAAGAGAAAGUAUUUUUCUUGGGAGGAAUGUGUUAAUCUUCGUGAAGUGAAGUCGCUACGACGGAUGAACCAUCCAAACAUUGUGAAACUCAAGGAGAUCAUAAGAGAGAACAAUAUAUUAUACAUUGUAUUUGAAUACAUGGAGUGCAAUCUUUACCAGCUUAUGAAAGAUAGAGGCAAGGUGUUUUCUGAGGUUGAAGUCCGUAAUUGGUGCUUUCAGAUAUUUCAGGGCCUUGCUUACAUGCACCAACGGGGCUAUUUUCACCGUGACCUUAAGCCUGAGAACUUGUUGGUUAGCAAGGAAGUCAUAAAGAUUGCAGACUUUGGACUUGCUCGGGAAGUUUCUUCAGAUCCGCCGUACACAGAAUAUGUCUCGACACGGUGGUAUCGAGCUCCUGAAGUCUUGCUUCAAUCUUCCAUUUAUGACUCUGCUGUUGAUAUGUGGGCAAUGGGUGCAAUCAUGGCUGAGCUGUUCACUCUCCGUCCUCUUUUUCCUGGUUCAAAUGAAGUGGAUGAGAUUUACAAAAUCUGCACUGUCAUUGGAACUCCAGAUGUAAAUUCAUGGACUAAAGGAUUGCGACUUGCAGAUGCCAUGAAGUAUCAGUUCCCACAGUCUGAUGGUACCGAUCUUUCAGCACUAAUCCCGUCUGCUAGUGUGAAUGCAAUUGACCUUAUUUCGUCACUUUGCUCCUGGGAUCCCUGCAAGAGACCAAAAGCAGCAGAAGUCCUCCAGCAUGCUUUCUUUCAGCCGUGUUUCUAUGUUCCACCCUCCCUUCGUCCAAAAGUACCCGGAGUUCUUAGGACACCCCCAUCUGUGGGGCUAAAAGGAGCUUCGGAGCCAAAAAGUGGUCGAAGAUAUUCUACAGGAGCUCUGUCUGGAUUGAAACCUGCUAGUGAUUCUGUGACGCUGAAGUCAAAUGGUUCUUCGAGGAUAGGUGUGCAAAGGAAAUUGGAGAUGGAGCGUCAACUACAGGUUGCAGAGAAAAGUGACAAGACCAUGAAAAAGGACACGAAGCAGUCUCGUCAAAAACCAGCAGCAAAAAACAACGCAGGAUAUUUGGGGAGAAGUUCGAGAAGAGUUGCUGAUGUUCCUGUGGGAGCAACCUCCGGCACCGUUUCGAAUAUGACGGAUAAGCUGUCACGGAUGUCGCUGAUCUCAGGCCCGCAGCAGAGUGUGAGGCAGGCACCACCACUGCCGUCAUUGAAGGCUGGGGGCUGUUACAGCCAGGCCGACUUACUAGCGGGGACCAAUGAGAUGAUCCCUUCUGGUAGAAGAUACACUAGAAAGGUCGCCGGCUGAAGAGGGUAAAAAAUGCCUUUUGCCUUAACUAGGUGAUGUGAUGUAUGGGGUGGGUUACUUUACCGGUGGGUCAUUUGAUGCUUGCUAGUGUGCUUUUUGCCAUUUGAGUGCUGGUUUGAGGUUGUUGAUUACGCCUGCUUUCUUUUCACUAACAGCUGAAUAAAACAUGUGUUCACCAUUCUUUUCGUUUUUUAUUUUUGUCUUGUGUAUUUAUUGAAACUAGAAUUGUGGUAAAAGCUGAAGAAUUGAUGAAUCCUGAUUACUUUCCCA